CCACCACUGGACGGUUUCAAGUUCCCCUCUCCGGCUGAAACCCUGCCUGAUUUGUGGGCAAUGUUGGGGAUGUAGAAAAAAAAAAGAAAAGGAAACCGGAGCAAAGAGAGCGUAAGGAAGGGAGAGAUAGAGAGACAACACUAACUGGGUAGCUAUGGAGAUAGUAGGUUUUCCUGGUUGCUUUCUUUGACAGGUGUCGAGUGGGAUAAAAUAAAGUGUGAGAACAGCCUCCAAGAUGUACGGCAAGGGUAAAGGAGCUGUGGUCCCCUCCGAUAGCCAAGCGAGAGAAAAGUUAGCGUUGUAUGUGUACGAGUACCUGCUACACGUGGGAGCACAGAAGUCAGCACAGACCUUCCUGUCUGAGAUUCGAUGGGAGAAAAAUAUUACAUUAGGGGAGCCACCCGGAUUCCUUCAUUCGUGGUGGUGCGUAUUCUGGGAUUUGUAUUGUGCAGCUCCAGACCGAAGGGAGACGUGCGAACACUCCAGCGAGGCAAAGGCCUUCCAUGACUAUAGCGCAGCGGCAGCGCCGAGCCCGGUGAUGGGCAACAUGCCCCCCAACGACGCCAUGCCAGGUGGUCCCAUGCCUCCAGGCUUCUUCCCGGGACCGCCCGGCUCUCAGCAGUCCCCCCAUGCACAGCCCCCCCCACACAACCCCAGCAACCCCAUGAUGGGACCCCAUGGCCAGCCUUUUAUGUCGCCGCGGUAUCCAGGUGGUCCACGCCCCUCACUCCGAAUGCCAAAUCAGCCUGGGGGUAUCCCAGGAUCGCAGCCUCUCCUGCCAAACAGUUUGGACCCAACAAGACCGCAAGGACAUCCUAACAUGGGUGGACCAAUGAGAAUGAAUCCUCCCAGAGGAAUGGCCAUGGGACCACAGAACUACGGAGGCAUGAGGCCUCCUCCCAACUCCAUGGGGGGUCCCAUGCCAGGAAUGAACAUGGGUCCUGCAGGAAGGGGGCCAUGGCCAGGACCUAAUGCUAACUCAAUAGCUUACUCCUCAUCAUCACCAGGAAACUAUGUGGGUCCACCGGGUGGAGGAGGUCCGCCUGGGACUCCCAUCAUGCCCAGCCCAGGUGAUUCAACCAACUCCAGUGAAAACAUCUACACAAUGAUGAACCCGAUCGGACCUGGAGGCAACAGACCCAAUUUCCCUAUGGGACCGGGGCCUGAUGGGCCAAUGGGAGCUAUGGGAGCCAUGGAGCCACAUCACAUGAAUGGAUCAUUAGGGUCUGGGGAUAUGGAUGGGUUGCCAAAGAGCUCUCCUAACAAUAUGGGAGGCAUGAACAAUCCUCCCGGAACGCCGCGGGACGACGGCGAAAUGGGCGGCAACUUUUUGAACCCAUUCCAAAGCGAAAGUUAUUCACCCAACAUGACGAUGAGUGUGUGAUUUUCUUUUCUUUUUUUUUCUUUUUAAUCUUUCUCCCCCAAUUUUUUGUGACUCUGCACCUGAUUUUUUUAAUUUUAAUUUUUUAUCAUUUUCUUCAAUCCUAACUUGACCCUCGGACUGACCCGCCUCCCCUCAUCGCACACACACCUUUUUCUCCCCUUGCCUCCCCUGACGGCGUCCAUCCUCCACCGCCCCCAACCCGCCCUCCAUUUUUCCUCUCCUCCCUUCGGGAACCGGUGCGGCCACGCAGCCUUCCGGGAGCGCCCUGGAGCAUGCUGGGACUCUAAUUAAGACGGGCCCUCCCGGAGCGUGCAAAAUGGCCGCCGGCGUGAACAGGAAGCAGUCGCAGGGCAGCAGGAAGGGCCUCCUCUCAGACUCCGGCCCCAGCCUCCCCGGCUUUCUCUCGGGGUCUAGACAAUGAGCGAGGGGACGGAGGAGACCGGAGCGCGCCGCCGUCCCUCAUGGACUCUCUUUGCAGCUGCUGGGAAUCUCAUCAAACCAGGAUUUUAUUUUUAUUUUUUUCAUCUUUACUGGUUUUUGUUUUUGCUCCCAACAGAUUCCAUAGAGGGCCCUCGAUGUCCCUACAUUGUUUUUUUUUUUGUUUUUUUUUCUGUAUGUGUACAUUUGUAACAGAGUUGUUGUGAUGAUCAGUGAACAUGUUUUUCCAAAAUUCUUUUGUGUAUGUAAUGUAUCAUUGCUAUUUUUAUUUUAAUUGUGUUAUUAUUAUGAUAUUGCUAUCAUUUUAAGAUUAAGGUUUUUGUUUUUUUUGUUUGUUUGUUUUUAGGGGCACACUGUUUAAAUGAAGACAGCACAUGUCCACACACACACACACACACACACACACACACACACAAGUCUCAAAUACAGAUUCCUCUCAUUUAGAAUAUCGUUGGAAAGUUAAUUCAUAUCAGAAAUUCAAUUCAAAAUGUUAAAUUAACCAGAGUUGAAUGUUGCAAGUGUAUAUUUAAGUUAGUGAUUAUAGCUGACGACUGAUGAAAAUACGAAAUGCGGUUUCCAACUAAAUUUGAAUGAAAACCAUCAAAAAAAAAAAAAAAAAGAGUUCUCGUAUACUCAUUAUAUGAGUAUGCACUCAGUACUUGAUCCGGGCUCCUUUUGCAUUAAUUUCUGCAUCAGUAGAUUCUCUGCGGGGGUUUAAGUCAUGCAAGUUUACCAGCUAAUCAAGCUCAGACUGCACAAAACAAAAAAAUGUGCUGCUGAACAACAGUACAGUCUUUGUGCUGUACUGUUGACUUUGUGUCGGCUUGAGGAAUGUGACAGCUGUCCUCCAUGUUGGUGCAUGUAGUCGUGCAAUAGCACUUUUUUUCUUCCACCCAGUUUUCCAUUAACAUGCUUACAGCAGGUUGUUUGAUCACUGUCAGGUCAGAGGGCACCAUCUUAGCUGAAGCUGCAUUUCAGAUUUUCUAUUGGCUGUUGAUAAAUAUACCACUCUGUCAGUUCCACAUUUUGAAUUUAAACACUGAAAUAAAUGUUUUGAUGAUAUUCAGAGUCACUGAGAAGCACCUGUAAUUUGCUGCGCAUCACAUGGCUUUCUGUGAGCACACUGUCCCCUGCUGGUGGGAUUUUAUUUCAUCCAUUACGGUACCUAUAGCAUUUUGACAACAUCCAGACCUUUUUACUCCUUUGCUCACCACCAGCAGCAGCUCUGCCUCCUAUUUUUGUAACUUUGCUGCAGUAAAAAAAAAAAAAAAAUAAUAAUAAUAAUAAUAAUGAUGCACAGCUCUAUUUAUUUAUGUACUUUUAAUUUGUUUAUAAAUCCUUUUCUUUCUCUCCUUUUUUUUUAAGUGUCAUCCCUGUUUUUGUUUGUCAUCAAUUGCAGAAUUGGUAGCAACUGUAUAAAUCUGCAGAUGCACUCAGCAGAGUCCUCCAUCUGAGCCCGAAAGGUUCUGUCCACUCCACCCCACCGUCCUCUGCAAACUUUGCGAUCCUUUUCGUCUGCCUGUGCUGUUUUGGAGCUGGCUUUGCCGAAAGGAAGGUCUGGGUGCCGCAAAUCUCUGCUCCAUUGACUAAAAGAGCGAUGUCCCUCCUCUUCCUCCUCCUCCGUCCUUCUCCCUUUAUUCUCAUCUCUCCAUCACGCUGGGAUUCUCACACAAACACCACUUUCCCUCCCCCCUUCCUUCACUUCUGAAUUUGUUUUGUACAACUCUCCAUGUUUUUUUAUUUGUUCCGUUGUUAUUUUGUUUGUUUGGUUUUUUUUGUUUUUUUUCCUUUUUGUAAAUACUGUAAAAUGCAUUUUGAUAUCAUUGACAUGUUUUGAUAUUUCAAAUCACAACUGAACAGUUGAUCAGUAGCGUGCUGAUUCAGGCAAACUGUGUGUACUUUUAACCAGAAAUGAUAUGAAACUUAAGAACCGGAGCUGCUAUAGAGGAUUAUGCUAUUUCGCCUCACAACCCAUAUUACGUGGGGGGGGGGUCUCUCUCGGUGCUGCAACUGAGCAGGACAAAAGGAGGAAAAUUACCUGUAGUUAGUUCUGGGAUAACUCAUCAACACAUGUUUUUAAACAUGGUGCAAAGAAAAAUACAAAGUAGGAAUUUUUUUUUCUUCUUCUUCUUCUUUUUGUUUUGCAAUUUUUGGCAGAAUUUUCAAAGACCGGGUGCAAAAACAAGUGACACUUGGUCUCGGAUGCACUGCAGCUCAGCUUCUUUUGACUCGACAAGAAAAAACAAACAAACAAACAAACAAAGCAGGGCACACAGGACACUGGCUCUCAGUCCAGCACACCGGAGAUCAGAGUACAUACUUUACUAUGAAGGAUUUUCUAAUCUAUUUAAAAUCAGGCAAGAGAAACGUUUGUGGAAGUAAGAGGAAAGAAGGAGAGAAAAAGCCACAUGGACAUAUUUGUUGCUAAGAUGAGGUAGAGAAAGUGCAUCAACAUGCGUUUUCUCCCAUGUACUUUAAUACUGUUGUAUAAAAUGCAGUCCGACUUCUCUUUCUGUCCUGUAAGCAAAACCGUCACAAUGUUGAUCAUUACUGUAUUUCUAUCGUGCUGAUGUAUAAUACUGUAACAUUAAGGGAUGGGGAAGGUUAAGAGAGGACUUUUUGGUCAGAAUUGGGAGUAAAGAUUUUUUUUUUUUUUUUCUGUUCGGUUCCUCAUUAUUUCCUCCUGAUGACAAAGCAGUAUUGAAUAUGAGGCAGGAAGUUGCUUUGUAUAUCAUGUUAGGGUAGUUUCUGAUCCUAAAUGUCUUGUGUAGUUAAAAAAAAAAAACAGGUUCCUUCGUAUGUUUCUUUAUAUUGUAAAGUUACUUUAGACACACAAAAAAGUUGCUUAUUGGAAAAAAAAAAAGGUUGGAAAUCUACAUCGAUGCUGAUUAAUGUACUUUAUUUUAUUGUUUUGUUUUAAUUUCCAUCAACUUGUCGGUCGUUUUUGCCUGUGUCCCCCUUGUUGUAGAUACAUAUUAAAAAGAAAUAAAAUGACUUCACUCCUUUUGCCAUGAA